GGUCAGUUGGUGGGUGUCUUGAGGUGAUAAAAGUUUCACUUUAGUCGAAGUCCGAAGCCACACCAAAGCAGUACGACGACGACUAUAUAUACUGCGUAGGUUUGCAAUGACGGGUACGACAAAAGAGCCAAGAAAGACUGAAAAGAAAAAGGGCAGAAAAAAUGCGAAGCAACCACCCGAAGACGUCGAAGACGAAAGUUCACGACCGGAGGACUCAGAAACAAAGGCAGAAAACGAACAAAAAGAAGAGGAAGAGACGUUGACAGGGCUAAAUGUUGACAAAAAAAAAUAUCUGCACCUAGAGGGUACUGCUGACCAGACUGACGGCAAAAAAGAAACUAAAGUGGACCAAAAUAAUAUUAGUACAAUAGGUGUUGUAUUAAUAAUUGUAUUAAUUGCUGUCACUGGUUUACGUCUAUUCAGUUCAUCCAGUUCAAAGGAUAGUGUUGCUGACAACAUAGAAUCAGAUCUAAUGCAGCUUGAAGAUGAUUAUCAAAAUCAACCUCAAUUUAGCUAUAAAAAGUUGAGAAGCAGAAUGAGAUCAUAUAUCCAUCAUAAAACAUCACCACAACCUUUCGUCUUGAUGGUUGCAUCAGCUCAAGACAACCAACAGACAGCUGAAUGUUUUGCAAAUCGGAUUGCAAAACUACUCACAACAGCAGCUGUAAUAAUAAAUGGCUCCAAAUACUCAGAUACUCCAUCAGAUGAUGCAAAAGAGACUAUUGAUGAACUUCUCAGAGAUGAAUUUGGAAAAGAAAAGUUUCCAACAGCAGCCAUAAUUCACAACUUUGAUUCAAUCCCAUAUGGAACUACCAGUCUGUUUUAUGCAUAUUGUGACCAUGACAAUCCUAUGUAUAAAGAAGCAGCAAUUAUAUUUACCAUCACAUUACCACAUAGUUAUCAAAUUGGCUCAAACGAGGUAGAUCGUGAAGGACUUGUUGGAAGGUAUUUAACUGAGAACAGCUCAUGGGUUAAAGAUGAAAAAUUUAGUAUGGACGUCAUGGGUGCACUGAUUAGUCGCAUCACAGACACUGUUAUUGUUGUCAACAAGGAGAGCAAAGAAGCCUUAGAAAGUUCAUGUUAGGAAAGAAACUUUGAACCAUGCACAGCAUUGGUCAUGUAUCCAUAGGAACAAUCCACUAUACAUAUAUUUACAUUUUGUAAGUGCACCAGGAAGCAAGCUUAGUCACCUAUAUAAUGUUACCAUCAAGGAGAUUGUAAAUAAAAAGCUAUUGUAGUCAUCAAAUGAAAACAUCACUUUUUUCUUGUUUUUGCUUUAUUGUAUAGUAUUUAGACUAGAAAGUUGUAUGCUGCUCAGACUGAACAAAUAUUUCAAUAAAGAAUUUAUACAAAAACAAUUAUUUUGUAGAUUGGAACCCUGCUGUAAUAUAAGAGGCAAAAGUCCUGUUUAUAUAGCACCAUGUCCAACAGUGAAUUAUCAAACCUACUAUU